AUGAAUGACGGUACACUUGUUGUUCGUGGAGAGAAGGUUCCGUCGCGAAAUGUAGGCGGUGUUGGUUUUGUUGUGCACCCAUCUGUCGUCCAUCUUGUCGAUUCACACGAGAUCCUGUCACCUCGUCUGGCCAUUCUUCGCCUCCACUCUCCGCGCCAAAAACCCAUCAGUAUCAUCAACUGUUACUCACCCACAUCAGCAGCUGAUGAACCUGAAUUGGACGCGUUUUACGAGGAGCUGGAAGAAGUAAUACGCAACGAGAAGUCCUUCUACAAAUUCGUUGUCGGAGACUUCAACGCAAAACUAAGAAAGGUCACAGAAGAGGAAUACAGGAUUGGAAGAUUUGGACUAGGGGACCGGAAUGAAAAUGGCAAUCGUCUCGCCGGGCUGUUGUCCGCCGCUCGCCUCUUUCAUGGAAACUCUUUUUUCAUGAAAAAAGAUCAUCGUCGGUGGACAUGGGAAUCGCCCAAUGGCGCGACUCGCGCGGAGAUCGACCACAUACUCACCAACCGGAGGUGGUGUCUACUUGACUUCUCAGUAGCACCAUCCUUUUGUAGUGGUUCUGAUCACCGUCUCCUUCGUGCGAAAAUACGACUUAGCAACACGAUGGAAAAGAACAUCUGCUAUCGGCAAAGAAGGGGAAAAGAAGUCGUCUACGACGAUUGCAUACUCGAGGACUCCUUGUCCCAAGGUGACUGGCACAUCGAGGAGGACCCAAACGUGGACUACAAGAUGUGCUCAGAGGAUUACGAGCCUGUGCUGAGCGUGCCUCGAAGCCGCGCACGACAAACUUGGAUCGAAUUUCGAAGACCACCAAGGAAUUGUUGGAAAGAAGAAGAACUUUGA